CAUGGGCAGGAACACCUUCCACUAGACCAGGCUGCUUAAAGCCUCAUCCAGGGCAGUCCUGAACACUUCCAGGGAUGGGACAUCCACAGAUUCUCUGGGCAAUCUGUUCCAGUGCCACACCUCUCCCCUCAGUAAAAAAAAAAAAAAAAAAAAUUCAUUAAUGAAAAUUUCAGUAUCUAAUGUAAACCCACUCUCGAUUUAAAUCUGUUACCCCUUGUGCUGUCACUACAGGCCCUUGUAAAAGUCCCUUUCCAGCUCUCUUGUAGGCCCUCUUUGGGUGCUGGAAGGUGCUGUGGGAUCUCCCCAGAACCAUACUGAUGCUUGUUUUUCAAGGGUGAAAAAAGUGCUUCCCCCAUUGCUUGCUAGGAAGGAAGGCCAGGAAAUUCCAGUGUGAAACAGGUGUCUUAUGGAAUAGUGGUCACUGAAUUUCCCUGGGUAUUACAAGAGUUCUGUCUCUUGACAAAAUGCAGCAUAAGCUCCACUUUGGGGUCUGUUUAUCCUGAAAGGCUGUGUCUUUGUAUGCUGUUCUUAUUGGAGCAACUGGUCAUGGUUGAGCUAUCAGGAAUUAUUGAUUCAGACUUCUUAGAGAAAUGUGAAAACAAGUGCAAGAUUUUGGGAAUAGAGACAGAGAGGCCCAUUUUACAAGUGGACAGAUAUGUAUUUGCAGGAGAAUAUGAAGAUGCCUUGGGAACCUGUGUGGUUUUUGAAGAAAACACAGAGCAAGUAGAUGCAGAAGGCAACCAAAAAGUACAGCUGAAAUACAAGUGCCACACAGUGAAGAAGCUGAACAUGACACGGACCCUUCUGACUGAAAAGAAGGAAGGAGAAGAGAAUGUUGGUGGAGUAGAGUGGUUGCAGAUCAAGGACAGAGAUUUUUCCUACAGCAGGCUUAAUAUGAUUUGCAGUUUUCUGCCUGAAAAGGAUGAUUCUGAGGAGUCAGCUCAGGCCCAAGAUAAACUGACUGAAGAGUCAGAGGGAGAGGUGAGUGGCAAAGGCAAUUCUAACAUGAACUGUGACCUGGAAAAGCAGCACACCUUGGAAAUAGAUGCCCCUGUUCCUUUGCCUGUCAGCUCUGCUUCUGGGGCAGAGGAAACUCCUUCUGGAAAUGCUGCCUUAGAGGAUGUACCUCCAUGAUACUAACUCUGAUCUUUUCAGGAUUUCUUCACAGAAUUAAUGGGCCAACUUUUAUAGGCCAUGACAUGGUUUUCACCUUCUCUGAAAAAUGAAUAGUGGAAAAACAGACAUUAUGUUCUUGUGCAUUGCUUUUGUGUUUGAAUUAUAGAGGGAAGGGCUUAAGUGUUUUUUAAAAUUACUGACUGAAAAUGUAUGUAUCCCUACCUCAAAACUGGACAAGUGGAAAUGGUUACAUAAUUAAAAGAAACUCCUAGCUUAGGAAAAUGUUGAUGUAUUGUACAGACUGAAACAUUUUGUAAAAAGAAAGAAACACAAUUGUUUAAAAUAAAGACCUGAAUUUUUU